AUGGCGUCUCACAAUGGUCCGACGAGUGCCGGGUUGGGGCCACUUGAUGUGAACCGCCGCCGGCCUGCAACUCAAGAGGGCGAACAAUCUACGGCUCAAGACAUGCUCGAAGGUGGAGGUCGCUUCCCAUCAAGCUCCGCCCUCAAACAACCGUCGCUGCUCAGUGGCCCUGGUCGAGGCCAACAAAAUGGGUCCACCCCAAGAAUAAUACCUCAAGAUGCGGAAGACUAUUUGACGGCGAGGCCAGUUGCUUUAUUGCAACGCACCAAGAGCGAUCUCGGGCCUCGACGCAAGGAGGGACUUCAAAAAGUUGCGGCAGAGGACAAGCUGGCACACAUUCGACAUGGUUGGGACGAUGAGUACACGUCGAACGAAUACCUGUCACUAUUACACUCGACAUUUUACAUGUACUACACGGAAAAGCGGCACGAAAGCAACGGCUCGUUGUCUGAGGAAUCUAAACAGUUUCCCAGCGUGGACUGGCGCAUGAAAGAUCGGAUGAAGACUGUGUCUGCGGCAUUGGCCAUCUGUCUCAAUAUCGGUGUGGACCCUCCCGAUGUGAUCAAGACGAAUCCCACUGCGAAGCUCGAAGCGUGGGUUGACCCGACGGCAAGCAGUGGUGGUACGACAAAGACGAUGGAGCAAAUUGGUAAACGCCUGCAGGAGCAAUACGAGUCGUUGAGUCUGCGGACAAGAUACAAGCAGUAUCUCGAUCCGUCAAUCGACGAAACGAAACGGUUUUGCAUCUCAUUGCGUCGUAACGCGAAGGAUGAGAGGGUGCUUUUUCACUACAAUGGCCAUGGUGUACCUCUGCCCACCCCGUCUGGGGAGAUCUGGGUCUUCAACAAGAAUUACACUCAAUAUAUACCGGUGGGACUUUACGACCUGCAGUUGUGGCUUGGGGGGCCCAGUCUUUUUGUUUACGACGUCUCCCAUGCUGGCAAUAUUGUCUACAACUUCGACACAUUCCUCGCCAAGCACGAAAAGGAGAAUGAGGAGCUCAAGAAAAGAGAUCCAAAUGCACCUGUUCAGAACUACGGGGACUGCAUUCAGUUGGCGGCUUGCGGGAGAACCGAGAUGUUGCCUACGAACCCAGAACUCCCCGCCGAUCUUUUCACAUGUUGCCUGACGACGCCGAUAGACAUAGCACUGAGAUACUUUGUGUUGCAAAAUCCGCUUCCCAACGGACCUGCCAUCGAAGAUGGGAAGAUACCUGUCCCAGGCCGCUUACAGGACAGACGGAGUCCUUUGGGGGAGCUCAACUGGAUUUUCACAGCCAUCACUGACACUAUCGCUUGGAACAUCCUACCGCGACAUUUGUUCAAAAAGCUUUUCCGCCAAGAUCUUAUGGUCGCAGCACUGUUCCGCAAUUUCCUGUUGAGCGAGCGUAUCAUGAGGGCAAAUCAUUGUCACCCUAUAUCAUCGCCAGCUUUGCCAGAAACACAUCGACAUCCUCUUUGGCAGAGUUGGGAUCUUGCCAUGGAAAUGGUGUUGGCACAGCUACCUAUGCUUCGAGAAGCUGAAGAGGGGAAACGGGUCUACGAAUAUCAACACUCGACGUUCUUUUCGGAACAGCUGACAGCCUUCGAGGUGUAUCUCAGCUCUGGUCCAACCAAAGAUCGUGCCCCUGACCAACUGCCGAUCGUUCUCCAAGUCCUCCUCAGCCAAGUGCAUCGACUUCGUGCUUUGAUUCUGCUCAGCAAAUUCCUGGACCUCGGACCGUGGGCUGUUCACCUAGCUUUGAGUAUUGGAAUCUUCCCUUAUGUAGUGAAGCUUCUCCAAGCAGCCUCUUUAGAGCUCAAGCCGGUGAUGGUCUUCAUUUGGGCUAGAAUCAUGGCGGUUGACUAUACGGUGCAGAAUGAUUUGCUCAAGGAUAACGGCAUCCACUAUUUUAUUUCCAUCAUGAACCCCCGUUCAGAUAUUCCCGUCGGCAACGCCAGCGAACAUCGAGCCAUGUGUGCCUUUAUCGUGGCCACGUUCUGCAAGAGAUAUCCUCCAGGCCAGACAGUCUGCCUGUUACCUGAACUUUUCAGUGCCUGUUUACUCAAUAUGGCAGAGCCUGAAAACCCCUUGCUACGACAGUGGUCUUGUUUGUGCCUCAGCAUGCUGUGGUGCGACUAUGCUGAUGCGAAAUGGAUGGGCAUUCGCUGCAUGGCUCAUGCCAGACUCUGCGAACUGUCACUUGAUCCCGUUCCAGAAGUUCGAGCCGCCAUGCUCCAUGCGCUUACCAACUUCCUCGGCAUUCCUGAUCUAACUGAUCAGGUGUCUCAGAUUGAAGAAGGUAUUGCCUCUUCUGUUCUUUUUAUGACAUCUGAUGGUAGCACAUUGGUGAGGAAAGAGCUGGUUGUCUUCCUAUCCCACUUUGUGAAGCGGUACGAGAACAAAUUUAUCGUCGUUGCGUACGAGCAGCUCGUGGAAGAAAGGGACAGACACCCAUUCAAGCAGUCCGAGUCGAGCAGCUUUGAAGCUGGUGAUUCUCUCAAGUGGAUGCCGAUCUCGGCAAACACAAUUUAUGGUUCGAUCUGGGUUCAAAUUUUGAUGCUGUCUGUCGAUCCUCACCCAGAAAUUGCGCGGAAUGCCUCAAUCAUUGUCGACCAUGUGCACGAUACCUUGAUCAACUCUCCCAUGAGUCACAUGGCGAUAGCCGUUAUUGACGACCUGUUGCGAUUCUCGAAGAGGGACGAGUGCCAGCUCAAGAAAGUUUCGUCCCGGGAUUCGCUCCGGGCGAUCGAGAAACAGCCGGGCACUCCUCCUCCCACAUUGCCAAAACAGCAGAGCUAUCUGUCACUAAGCCUGAAGAGAGCAGGCAGCUCGCUCCGCAACCUCGCCUUUGGUACUGGUCCUUCAAACCCUUCAGCUUCUUCAAGGGAAAACAGUCCUCAAACAUCUCCCACUAAAACAAGGGAACUCGUUCAACCUGUCAAUACUCCUCGAAGUCGUCUUCCGCCUGAAUGGAGCCGUCCACCAGAAACAACUGAUACGAGGAGCGCCCCUGGAUCGUAUCACUCGGCCGUUCUGCCCACUUCGGCGGGCUUCGUUUCGCUAGAUCCGAAAAAGCGACCGGUCUUCCCGCUCCAGAGUACUUUGCUAGACUGGUCAACCGAAUAUUUCCGUGAACCGCAAAUGAGACCCAAUGAUCCCGACGAGCCCGGCUCGGCUGACUACAAUUCCAGACUAUGGCGGCGCAACCGCAACGAAAAGAUUAUUGCCGACAAUCAACCACUAAAAGGCAUAGCAGGAAGCUCCAAAUGGACUCGCUACGAAGGUUUCCUCAACAACCAGAGCCAGCCCAUGAAGCUGACGUUCCAUCAAUUUGAUAACCACCUUGCCGUCACCGACGACAAGGAUACCGUCACUAUCUGGGAUUUUCAGAAUAAUGAACAAUUGAGUCGGUUCAGCAACGGGAAUCCCACGGGGAGCAGAAUCAAUGAUGCCAAAUUCUUGAACGAGGAUGAUCAGCCUCUCCUGAUGGUAGGUAGUUCCGACGGUGUUAUCAAGGUAUACCGCAACUACCAUAGUUCAGCGGACGUCAAGGUGAUAACUGCAUUCCGGGCGUUGACGGAGCUGAUCCCUAGCAACAAGAACGCUGGAUUGGUCUUUGACUGGCAGCAAGGGCAAGGCAAAGCCCUCGUGGCGGGAGACGUAAAAGUCAUCAAAGUGUGGAAUGCGGCGACGGAGCUUUGCGUUGGGGACAUUCCGGCACGCAGUUCUAGCUGUGUGACCAGCCUGACUAGUGAUCAGGUGGCGGGACAGAUCUUCAUUGCGGGUUUUGGAGACGGCGUGAUCCGCGUGUUUGACCAGCGACUCAACCCUCGGACAUCGAUGGUCAAGCUCUGGCGCGAGCAUAGACAGUGGAUAACGAAUAUUCACAUGCAGCGUGGUGGCGUGAGGGAACUCAUCUCUGGAAGCAGGAACGGGGAGGUGAAAUUGUGGGACCUGCGGAAUGAUAAGGCCGUUCUGACGUUGAACGCUACUUCAUCAGCCCCAUCGCCUUUAAAGCCCGAACAUGGCAAAGAUGGGACGAGUACUGUUGGAACUAGCAGCUCCACAGCGUCCACGGCGGCAGGCUCGACGACACUCCUACGCAGCCUCUCCGUACAUGAGCACGCUCCAGUCUUCGCCGUGGGUACCGACAAACACGAAGUGAGAUCGUUCAACACAAAUGGAGAUACAUUGGGUAUUUUUGAACCUUCGAGCAGUCGAAUGGCGCAUGUCGUCGGUGGCAGUCUUGCAGGCAGGGGGCAUCAGGCUCCAAUAGUGGCAACGGCAUACCAUCCCCAUCGCAUGUUGCUGGCGUGUGCGGCGUUAGGAGACGGGCACGUUAGUUUGGUGACUUACUGA